AUGCGAGCCAUUACGACAUUGCGAUUUAACUCACGCCUCUCUGCUUUGCAGAUAUUAACUCCAAUUCCCAUACUCUUCCUUCCACGCAUACCGCAUCCGCCGUCUCACCACUUUUCUAUUACUGCACCACCGUAUCUAUUGCACCGCCUUGUUCCACACCAACCUCCCACAAACCCCCCCACAACUCAUCCUCUCUGCCUUAAAACAACGUCCUUCGACUUCGACAUCGAGCCCGUUCCCUUUCAACUCAUCACAUUCGCUGCCUAUCCCCCACCUCUACACAAACAACACCACUCUGUUCCACGAAAUGGGCAAGCUAGGCAUAAUCGGCGGCACAAGUCUCUUCGAGACCUCCAUGUUCUCCUUCCUCGAGCCCAAGACCGUCUCUACCCCGCACGGCGACGCCAUUAUUUACGUUGACCCCACUAACACCAGCCCCAUCGUCUUCCUUCAGCGUCAUCAUGCGGAUGGCUCUGCCGGCGCCUCUGUCUACUGUCCUCCCCACUGCAUCAACCACAAGGCCAACAUCGCUGCGCUGCAAGCCGAAGGCGUCGACCGCGUAGUCGCCGUGUGUUGCGUCGGCUCGCUAUCCCCCGACAUCCCCAUCGGCUCCAUCGUCGUCCCCGAUGACUACUUUUACCUCUUCGGCCCGUCCAUCUCAUUCUUCGACGACGCCAGGGGCCAUAUCGUCCCCGGCAUUGAUGACGCCUUGCGGGGAGACAUUCUCGACGCCGUCCGGGGAACCGAUAUUCAAACCCUCCGGAAGGGCCCCGCCACGUACGUGCAGACGACUGGCCCGCGCUUUGAAACUAAGGCCGAGGUGCGCUUUUUGGAAAAGCUUGGCGACAUCAUUGGCAUGACCGCCGCCUCUGAGGCUACCUUGACCAAGGAGAACGAAAUCCCGUACGCCAUUCUCGCCAUGGUCGACAACAUGGCCAACGGCCUGGCCGGAUCGGAGCUCACGCAGGAGCAGUUCCACAAAAAUGUUGCCAACAACCGCGCCACCGUCGAAAAGGCCGUCAAAGCCGUCCUCGCCCACCUUGGCAACAAAUCGUAGCACCAACACACCUCUCUCGCCUCUCUCCUUCCGCUGUAAAUAAUCUCCUGGUCGCUACUAUUUUUUUUGUGGCAACCUCCCUAAGCA